AUGGCUGGCGACUUGGCCGCGGCCGCGAGCCCCGCGGCAAAGAAUAAGACCAAGUUCUCCACGUUGCCGGACGGUAGCGUGGUCGCGCCAGCCACCCCCGCCAUCCUGACCACGAGCGUCAUCGACCUCAACGUGACACCGGAGUACAGUGGCGCUGGCCAGCCGUCCGACGGGAGACAAAGGAAGCAACCUCGGUCGAUUCCUACGACCAACCUUGCUGGCGCCUGCAAGCUGUUUGAUGAUAUACCACUGCCGGCGCCAACGGUAGACGACCCUGAGUACGCCGCUUUCAUGGAGAACGUCAUCUUCGAGGGCCGUGAUUGUCCCAAGUUCAAAGACCAAUAUGCCGCUCGUAAGAAGAAAGGAGGGAAGGCGGACGUGGCUAAGGAGGGAGACUUGCUCAAGAGGCCGUGGGGCAAGACCAACUCCAAGGCCGACGAGAAGCGUGAUGCGUCGUCCAUGGCCUUGCAAGCAACUUUGGAAGGCAGGAUGAGUCAAAAGGAAGUGGGGGAGGAGAGGAGGAGCAAUGGGAAGGACGAGCAAAUGAAGAUAUACCUAGAGCUCCAAACGAAGAAGCUUGACAUGGAGGAGGCUAUGAAGAGGAUGAAGCUUGACAUUGAGGAGGCCGCUCAAUUGAAGAAUCUCGUGAUCGAGGCCACCAAUGCCGACACCAAAGCAAAAGAGGUGGCGCUCGCGAUCAUUAGCAUUGGCAAGACCAACGUGUCACCGGAGAGGAAAGCUUGGUUCACGAACCGGCAGAAGGAGAUGCUGACUAGUGUGCCGGCCACUGGCUUUGUUGCCGGCGUGAAACUAGGUGGUGACCAUUCUCGCCAAACCAAUCCCCAAUCGACAGCCUCGAUCCAAAUCCACCUGCACGCAACCAGCAUCUACCUCCUCCCGAUCUGCCUCCUCUCGCAGAGGCACUCACCUCGACCCCGAGCGGAUCAAGCCAGCCGUCCCCGCCGGCGAUGGGCAACACCGGACCAGCAGGACUAUGGCCUUCCUCUCCCUCCUCCCCUCUAUUUUUCCUCGUGCUCCCCGGAUCUCUCUCACGAUCUCCCUCUCUCUCUGUUUUUCAUCAGCUACAGGUCGCUGUCGCCUUGGUCAACCCUCGCCGGAGCUCCGUCGACGCCCCGCUGGCCGGAUCCGGCCCGGAAACAAGCAGAUCCCUUCAUCCUCGUUGAGCUCCGCCUCCCGUUCCCGUCGCUCCGCCGUGCGCCAAGUUCCCUAUCGUCAUGCCCUGCUUCUGCAUCCUCCCGCUUGUCUCUGUGCGCGCUGAAAACGAGUGAGCCGCCGCCUGCGUUGACCCGCUGCUUCGAGGACGAGGACGCCCAGCGACCAGCGCCCGAGUCGACUCCCUUGCAUCGCCUGUUGCCGCGCCUUGGACCUGCACCCAGCCUUCCUUCCCCGCGCCGUUCCUUGUGCGCCGGACCUCCCCAACCUCGCUGGAGCCACGCAGGGACGAACAAGGACGCCGCCCCAUGGAACCUUCUCUGCCUGGAGCUCCUUCACCUGCAUCCGCCCCCUUCGUCCAGACCCGCCGUCUUCGCCUCCCUUCCUUCGUCUCCGGCGAGCAGCAGUGCCGCCGCGGCUCUGCUUCCUGUCGUGCAGACUACAGAGGAUGCCCGCUCGUGCCCUGCUUCUCGUCCUGUCCAGGAGCGAGCGCAUUUACCGCGGCUCCACACCCCCUCGUUUGAUCCAACAAGGCCCAGGUGCGACCGGCCCAUGGCCACCUCUUUCCUGUAGCCCACAGAGCAGGCCCAGCUUGCUUCCCCUCCAGAUCCGACCCGGGCUUGGCCCAAAGUGAGCAACCCUCACCCAGAUCCAGUUUCGGCCCGAUAUGUUUUUUUCCUGUUGCUGCGAUUUUGUCUUUUUUUCCAGAGGAGGCCAGUUUUGCAGAAAAGUCCCUAGACUUCAUGCAUUUAAUAACUUCACAACCGUGCAUCGGAUUGAAAAACUUAA